CCAAAGAGAGUAGGGUCACAAUAACCCGGUGUUGCAACGAGGCGUUCAGUUAAUUUGCACAAAUCCAGGUUAAUUAAAAAAAAAAAAAAAUCAAGCACAUUUGAUAUUCCGCAGCCGAUUUUGUUCAAGGCAAAAUUUCUGGGUUGUGUUUUUAUAACGGUUCGGUUAGUUUGGCUUCGUUUCUAUCUCUCUGUGGGAAAUAAGGUGUGAACAGGUACCUGAACCGUGAGGGUUGCCAGUUGUGUGAAACUAAUUUGUUCGUUUCUUUUUAAAGAUGACGGCGCGUCGGUGCUGAUCCGGAUAAGCAGUCCGGUGACCCCGCCCAGGCGUCCUCCGGCGCUCCUCGCAGCGCCUUUUGUCCCUCCUUUCGGAGGGAGACUGCGUGCGUCUCCGGGAUUAAAGCGCCUUUCUCUUAUUUCCAACAGGUGAUGUGAGCCACAUCUCAGCUUCUGUCUUUCUUGGAUCCACGCUACGUCAGCCCCCCCCCACAUGGGCUGGGCAGGAUGUAAUACCUCUGAGGAGCUCCCCUCUUCAUUUACCCCGAUCCAGGUGUGAGUGUUGGGGGGGGGCGCAGGAUGUUUGAGGUGAAGCCCAUGAGUUUGGAGAAGGACUCCAGUGCUGGCAAGGGUGGCGAGCACGGAGCGAACCCCACCCAGUUUGAGUCUCUGGGGACAGGCUGCCCGUCGCUGUACCUCUAUGACAGCCAUGAGUGGGUGCUGUCAGCCGGCUGCUCGCCGGAGGAGCCCGAGGGCCUCUCGCCCCUGCUGGCCGAGGAGACCCUGCGCUACAUGACCUUCCUCGCUCUGGAACCUUCCAGCCUCUCCCACCCCGGCUCCCACAGCCACUCUCAAGUCCUCAGCGGCGAGAGGGUGGAGCAGAUGACCAAGACCUACAAUGACAUUGACAUGGUUACUCACCUGCUUGCGGAGAGGGACCGCGACCUGGAGUUGGCCGCUCGCAUCGGCCAGUCGCUGCUGCAGAGGAACCAUGUGCUGCAGGAGCGAAACGAGGCUGUGGAGGAGCAACUGGCGCAGGCCCUGGACCAGAUUCAGCAGCUGCAGCACGAGCUGGGCAAGAAGGAUGAGCUGCUGCGUAUAGUGGCCAGCGCCUCGGAGGAGAGCGAGAGCGACUCCAGCUGCUCCACACCGCUGCGUCGCAGCCACAUCCCGGCCAUGUCGCCCUCCCUAAGCCAGCUGGAGGCGCUGCAGAGAAAGCUGCAGGAGCUGGAGGAGGAGAACACGGAGCUGCGGUCUGAGGCCUGCCUCCUGAAGUCUGAGACAAUCACAUACGAGGAGAAGGAGCAGAAGUUGGUCAACGAUUGCGUCAAGGAGCUCCGCGAGUCCAACAGCCAGAUGAUGACGCUGACGGACGAGCUGUCCCAGAAGAACGAGCAGGUCCUGCGUCACCAGGAAGAGAUCUCUCAGCUGCUGUCCCAGAUUGUGGAGCUGCAGCACAGGGUGAAGGAGCUGGCCUUGGAGAAGGAGGAGCUGCGCAUUCACCUGCAGGCCUCCAAAGACGCCCAAAGGCAGCUGACUGCGGAGCUGAAGGAGGUGCAGGACAGGAAUGCUGAGUGCGUGGGCAUGCUGCAGGAGUCCCAGGAGGAGGUGCGGGAGCUGCGCAGUAAGAGCACGCAGUCGGCGGGAGUGCGCAGGCACCUGCCCUACACGCUCUUCCCCGCGGACUCCCUAGCUGCUGAGAUCGAGGGAUCCAUGAACAGGGAGCUGAGCAUGGAGGAUGAGAGUGUGCUUCAGGACCAGAGGAGCUCCCAGAGGCGUGUCUUCCAGACCGUGCGCUCUGUGAAUGAGUCAGUGCAGCGGCUCUCCCAGCCCAUCCCCGGCUCCUCGCGCAGUUCUGUAGUCAUGACUGCUCAGCCCUUCUGUUCCACCCUGCCUCCAGCAGAGGGCGACAGCAAGGGGCGGACGCAGACGGACCCCCCCAGGUCCCCUGCCGCCGAGGACGACCUCUCCUCCGCGCUGCACCGCCUCUCUCUGCGGCGGCAGAACUUCCUGUGCGAGCGGCGCUUCUUUCAGGCCGAGCAGAACGUGAAGCCAUCGGCCCCGAACGCGGCCGCCCAGGGGGGCAAAGGCAGCGGCUACGGCUCCCCCAGCCGCAGCACCCUCUCUGCCCCCAACCUGCUGGAGAUGUCCGUCACCCCCAGCUGCUUCAAGACCUUCCUGCCGGAGAAGCUGCAGAUCGUCAAGCCGAUGGAAGGCUCACUGACGCUGCACCAUUGGCAGCAGCUGGCCCAGCCUCACCUGGCCACCAUCUUGGACCCACACCCGGGUGUGGUCACCAAAGGGUUCCGGCCCCUUCCGCAGGACGCCGUGUACCACCUGACCGAUCCGGAGGAGGACGACGACGAGUCAAAGGAGGCGUCCGCGUCAGACGGCCAUUGUGGUGACCAGGAGAAGAGGAAGGGUGAAGAAGAUGAGGAAGAGGAAGGCGGGAUCACCUUUCGGGUUCAGCAUGCAUCCACGCCGGAGGAGAAGACGAGGAAGCGACAGGAGAGGCCUGUGGUUUUGCCCGUCCAAUCAGUGCUUUCCCCUCAUGACUCGCCUCCCCGUCCUGCACCUCCCAGUCACCCCGACCCCUGCUCUCCCUCUGCACCCCUCGAUCCCACAAAUAAGCUUCUCAACACCUCGGUGCCCUCUUCAGGUGAGUUUGGGAAUAACACGCACACCUCUGUACCCACGCUUUGUAGACUUACCGUUCUCACAGAAUGCAAUGGCUGUACCUCUUCAGAUCACAACCCAGGGAAGUGUCUAAGCUCCACCUGCUCCACCUACACCUUCACGACCUGCCGGAUUCUGCACCCCAGUGACGUCACCCAGGUCACGGCGAGCUCUGUCGGAGGCCUCCUAGUGUCCACUCUGGGGAACAUGCCCAGCUCCCUCCGCACGGGCCCCAGCACGCCCGUCACGCCCUGCCGCCUCAGCCUGGGCGACUCCUUCCCCCCUCGGCGCCCGUCGGGUCCCCGUGGCCUGGCCAAGCUGCUGCUGGAGAAGGGCAUCUCCGCCCAGGUGUCGGCCAGGAGCCGUCCGCUGAAACCCAAGCCCUCCCAGCGACCGGCCACGCCCCCCAACUCGCCACACCCUGCCCUGUCACCCACCCUGCCGUCAUUUGAGGCCCCCGGCGCCACCGGCUCUGAGAACUUCCUGGCAUCGCGUCCCGCUGAGCUCUUCCUGCAGGAUGUGUAUGGGCUGAAGCCGGGCCGGGCCGGCGUGGGGCUUCUGCAGCGGCUCCGUCGGCUGGGGCUCGCCACGGUGCUGCCGGCAGAUGCCGUAGCGUCAGAUGGGCACCGAAAUCAGGACGCCGCUACCAUCCUGGCCACCAGCAGGGGGAGCCUUCUGGACGGCCUUCGGCGGAACCAGAGUCUUCCGGCUAUGAUGAGCGGCCGAGCUCCAUGUGUUACUAGCCCGGUACAGCUGCCCCGAGCCAUGCCCUCGGAUCCCACCACCCUCACCCUACCCAUAACCCCCUGGGGCAGCCUGAAGGAGCCAGACCUCAUGCAUUCUUCAGAGGCUCCACUUCCUCCAUCUGCCCCCAAAUCCUAAGGUCCAGACACAACUGAGAUUGGGGGGGCAGGGAAAUUGCCUUAUAUGCUUCACCCCUUUUUCCAGAAACCAAAUCAUGCGUCAUGCAUUAGUUAUAAAGAAAAAACCUCCAUCCAUUGUUUUGGUUUAAUUUGGCCGUUAAGCUCUGGAGACUUUCGCUGUCUGAACACGGCGAGAGCUGCAACUCGGAGGGUAACGGCACGGCCAAGUGUUAAGGGGGACCGGCUGUCCACACCUCGCGUCCCCCCGGAGCUCGGAAGGUCAGGAACGUAGAUGUGAAUCGUGCAAGUCGGCGUCGGUGCGAGGAAGUAGGGCGGAGGGUAGCAGGAUGAAAGGAGACGACGGUGUAAGAGAAGCGGAAGGAUGAUGAGGCAGAGCGACUGCAGGGAUGGUUUGUGAUGUUUGAGGAGAGACUGGAUUCUGGGAAAGAAAAGCGGGAACUUCUUGCAGAGGGUUCUGAUGAAGUCUUUACGGUGUCUACCUCCAAGGAAGGGUUUUUACGCAUUGUAGUGGUAAUUAUGCUUAUAACCAUUUAAGUGUUACGAUUAGAUACAGCCAGUGCAGCAGCCUUUUAGUGAAAUACCUAGCUAUAGUUUGCCGUGCCGGAUGAAGGCCGAUCAUGCACAAUUUGAAAAAUGAAGUGUGUUGCUUUUGUUGACACCUGGGAGAGCUCAGUAGAUAACCUGAGCAGGGAUACGCAUAUCAGAGGUCAGUAACUCCACAUUGUGGGUUUCAGGCACCUCUGUUAGUGCCCAACUUGCACUUGAAAUGAGAUUACGGUAAAGCGAGAACCAGGGUAAUGUUUGGAGUCAACGGCCUUGAUGGCGGGCAGAGCUCUGCUUGAAUUACAAGCAGGUUGGAGAUUGAAAGGGGAAGCACAGGAGGUGGGGCGGUGGGGGAACAACAUUAGCACAUUCGGAGUGCUGUACAAAUGUUCUGAUCCGAUAUUCAGUGUGACUCCCUGAGGUGUCGACUGACUGUCAGGGUUCAAAUCAAAGAUGCACAGGUGGAGGACGGGUGAUAUGGUGCAGUUAAUUGGUUACCACAGCUAUCGAUAACAGGAUAUGGGUAGCAUUUGAUUGUGACCCCUGACCCCAUUGUGACUUCUGUGUGACCCUGAUUCCAGGCUGCUUGUUUAGCUGAUUUACAGCACUUUUAUUAAUUUUAACUAAUAAAUAUUAUUGGAACAGAUGGCUUAGUAUUUAUUAUUAACAGUAAUACGUUGCAAAAUCACCAUUUAAUGGAAAACCUAACUAGAUCAUUUUUGUUCUGAGGUAAGGAUUUUGUGGUCCAUUUUCUUUGUUUUUGCCUUAUUGUAUAAACCGUUGAGCGAAUAUGAGAUUAUCUGUAAAUAUCUGUAAACAAAUCUGUCCUGUUUCUGAACUGCUUUUGUGCUAAUGCUGCCUGCAGUGGUGGGGGGGGGGGGUUUAACAUUGCUUGUUUUAACCUUGGGACUUCGCUAACAGGCAGGGGGCGUCUCUUACCGAUCCUGGCGACAGAGAUCCAUCGUCAUUGGCUGUUGGCUGGUUUCCCCUGCGGCACUGAAAGCGAAUCAGGAUGCAGGUUUACCGGCAUCAUGCCGUCCACAGCACUACAUGCCCCAAUAUGACACAUAAGUGUUAAGAUGGGCUGGUUCACUGCAAGUGAGGGGAAUGUACAUAUAACCUCUUUCAACCCCCCCCCCUUCGAAACUGAGAAGUCAUUGCUGGUGAUGUUUUUCUUUUUUCUCCAAUAAAGCAGAUUUUAAGAAUGA